AUGGCCCCUCAACCCCAACGUCCCUCCAACGCAGAUACUUCCUCAGGACCUCUCUUGAAUGACGGUCGCUGGUGGCAUGACUCGUUACCUGUCCUGCCAUUGACGCCGAACCGUCGAGAAGAUGAAAAGUCAUAUGACACACGGCAGGGCAGGUUGAACACAUCAGAGGAUAACAUCAAGCGCUACUUUACUCGUAUCAGCACACGCGGGAGCACGGACUCGGAGGGUACGUGGGCGGGAUCUAGUGCAACCGUGCUUGGCCUGAGUAUCGGGGCCUUGAAAACGCUUUGUCACUCUCUGCACCUGCUAUUGGUCAUCCUGCAUGUUAUCUUGGUUGUGGUUUACAUACCACAUUUGGAGUAUAACAGCAUCGUCUCGAUCACAAGUGUGCAUAUCAAGCUUCCAACCGUACUCAGCCUAUAUUCAACCAUCUUGGUUACAAUGACCCAGCGGCUAGGCCUUCUCCGAACCCUACACCGCAAACCAAAGUUGACCACCCUUGCUGAUGCCUCGAAUGCAUGGUCCGGGAUUGGUAGCGCUCUAGUGGGCCUUUGGCAUAAUUUACGCAUGCCCGCUGGUGUCCUUUCCUCGGUUGUCAUCGCUGUCUAUCUCGCAUGCGCGCUCGUGCUUCAUGUCGUGAGCAGCAGUAUCAUGUCGCUCGAGCCCUUCAAUCAGACUACCACCGCAUUUGUGUCCUCGCGGAUUAGCUGGCCCGGUGCGAACGCUAGCUUGUCUGGGAUUGGCGACUCAGAUGAAGGUGCACCCGACUGGCAGACUAUUGCGGCACUCGUACCGGGUGUGCAGCGUCUUAACGCCUACUCUACGCAGGGGCUGAAUGGGACGACAGUAUACGAUACGCUGCAGCUGCCAAACUCCGCGACAGGCACUGCACAGGUGAACGCAACUACUGUCGGCUUCAAGUGCGGCCUUGUUCCAAAAGCGAACGUAUCAACGUUCGCUCAAUCCACAUCAACAGCGCUUAUGUGGAAUGGCUGGAUCGACGAAGUACCAUUUGUCACUCCCUGGACCGACCAAGUGCUCUUCAGUCCGCAGAUGUCUGGUUUGAUAGCAGGUACUAGUGUUGAUGUCAUGUUCAUGACAACGGCUGGUCUUUCCUCUGAUGUCUCGCUCAAUGACACCUACGGUGUUUCCAUGAACUACCCUUACGUCGCAGGGCUUGUCACGGCAGAUAACCCCACCGGUUCCAUCACAAAUAAGACGAUACAAAUGUUCUUUGUCGGGUGUUCUAUGACUGCAACUCACAGCAUUGUGGACGUUGAUGUACAGACGAACACACUCCAAAACUCCCCCACAGGCGCAGAAGAUACUAUCGACGGAGCUUGGAGCGGUUUGCCGGACGACGGAAACUAUACUGAAGCAACUGAGCCUGGGCAGGUCAUACCAGGGGAACCGGUGGGCAUCAUACCCAGCUGGCAAACUGUACCUGGCACACCAACGGAGGCGCGCGAUUGGCUUUGGCUAGCACUGAGCGAGGCGCCGUUGUCUAACAUCACGAUAACAAAUGGGAACAGUCAAAGCUACACUGUCUCUCUCAUCGAUUACUAUCUCAUGCAACAGCUUGGUAUCUUCAUCGCAUAUUCUCCGACCACUCUCACAGAUAUGUCCGUAUCUGAACCGCCGGACCCAAGAUUUUCCCUCAAUGUGACAAGUUUUGAGAACAUAUUGGCCACGAUCGCAGCGAGCAUGCUUUGGACAGCGAGUCAAAUUACUGAUGGCGGUUAUGUGCCCGAAACUGGGCUGGUGGAAGUAUCGCAAUAUCUGCUCGUUUGGCGAUUGACCAUCAAUCUUACACCCGGCCGCGAGACGUUGAUGGUCACCAGCGUAGGGAUGCUGGAAAUGCUCUGGCUUGCUGAACGGGAGCCACCGCUUCGGGCCAGGUUUGAUGAUGUGGAUCAGCCCACUACAGAUAAUUUGAGGGCUGCAGUCAAUCUCUAUGCUCAGCGCCAACCAGGCGCUACCAUUAUUCUCGAGGAUCUCGGCCGCAAGGUUCGUAUUACAAAGGAAGAUGGCGCUCAGCGGGCACCCCAAACUGCAGAGGCAGAGCGCAAGGGUCUGAAUAUGACGCGCUCGCAAGAGGUGAAGGGAAGGAGCUGUAGAAGAUGGACAAGGGAGCCGAGAAGUUUGACCCAUCUUCUAUCGUCGCCAAGGGAGCCUAUGCUAACAGGUGCACUAGUGUCGCAGAGCUGGACUUUUCCCCUGGUCAGUUUGGAGGGUGUCGUCGCUCAGGAGACUGCAAGUGCGUUUAAUGUUGUUGUGCCGAAGGACCAGCUCGAGCACAUAUUAGACCAAAACACCAUUCUCGUCCUCUCCGUUUCCUUGAACGCUUCCUCGCCUCAGGCCAGUCCCAGGCAAAAUCAGAAUCCAGCUCGGUCCACACAUGCGCGACCCAUUACGGCCCGUAAGCUCCUGCACAGUGGGUCCCAACUCUACGAGAAUCAAUUCUAUAUGGGGUCGGCCGAGCGCACAGGCAAGAACUUCAAGGCGAAGGGGUCUAUCGAGUUCUAG